AUCGCAUAAUAUCAUAUUUACCAUCUAUUCUUGACCCUCAAAUCAAAAAACUUGACUUUGCGCCUGAUGAAAUGAGAUCAACCCGGUAUUCUUUACAAGACAAAUAUAAUGAUAUGAAAUUUAAUAUGUCAUUAUAUACUCGACCUUCUUCACCUUCAUCUGAUUUAACCACUACUCCUUUUCUUGGUUCUACACCCUCUCCUACAUUAUAUAAACCAACCCUUUUUAAUAUUUUUAAUCAUCCAUCACCUAAUAAUAAUCAAAGUGAACUUGAUGAAUACCUUGCAGUUCCACAAAUUCCAUUUAAUUCAGACCCUUUUUCUUGGUGGAGGAUUAACAAAGAAAAGUUUCCAAUAAUUAGUGAAUUAGCAUGUGCCUAUCUUUCGGUUUCAGCCACUUCAACUCCAAGCGAAAGGUUGUUUUCAGACUGCGGAAAUUUGAUGGGACCUAAAAGAACACGUAUUGCUACAGAGGUAUUACAAACAUGUGAGAUUCCCGGUCCUGUUGAAACAAUGUAA